AUGACCCUGUCGCCGCAGCCUGGCUCGGCGGAGAAGGCUAUUCGAAAGCUUGAUAUUGCCCAGGUUUCACUCAGUCUACAGGACCGAUUGGGCCUGGCCAAGCUCAAGUAUCAGCAUGGCCGAAUCCAUGGGUUGAUGCCCACCAUGCCCGCUAUGGACAGCAGUGAUAAGCCCUCCGACUCCUCGUCCGACUUCUCUCGCAGCCGUUGCGAGACUCCCAUGACCUCCCCUUCCCUCCGAGCCGCAACCUAUUCCAGAGAGCUCCCUCGAUCAGCUCGCAACAAGCAUGCCGUGACCUUCAAUUCCCGUGUCAUGCAGCCAAUGCUAUCGGCCAGCCGCAAACGUGUCCGGUCUGAUUCAGAUACUGAGCGUCCGGCCAAGGCAGCUCGAGUGUCGUGGAAGAGCUCUCACCACCUACCUGCGUCUUCUCCGGGCCUUAAUCGCCAUAUGACAACCCGCCGAAACCCGGCCCCUUUCAUGUCCGAGGCCACAAUCCCGGAAUUGUCCUCUCCUGCAUAUCAUGCUCCCUCUGAUGAGGAGAAUGAUCCCGAUCUGCCACUACACAGCUUCAACCAUGUGAGCUCCAUGGUGGGCUCCUCGCCGCCUCGGACUCCGCCUCCCAAGCAUGCCCGUCUGCCCCGGGCUGACCGUCCCUCGCAGCACGAGGACGGUGCAGACCUGCUUCUAUACCUGGCCAAUUCGCCUACGCCUGCCCGUGUGGCCGCAGGCUCGCAGCAUGCGUUCCCGCCGUCUACUCCUCCAAGCCAGCAUGCUGUCCUGCCAACACUCACUCCUAACCUGGGAACUCCGGGUCAGCAGUUCAACUUUGCUGAUUUCGUGAACGUAACCCCCAGUCCGGCUCAGCCUGCUUGGGGUGGCCGUACUCCUGGCAACCCAGGUCGCACUCCUCUCGCUACCAAAGAUGCCCGCAAGCGAUUGAACUUUGAUGCCCUCGUUCCACCCAGUACCUCGAGUCCCCACCUCCGAGGGAAGGAGACCGGACUGGCUUUGCAGCUUGGUGGCGAGCUACGGCCUUAG